GAUCCUAUUAUUAUUUAGAAAAUGAUAAAUCUUGUUUCAGUUUUAUUAUAUAAACCCCAUUGAUAGGACCAAACUAAGAUCUUACCACAGUCGAACCAAUAAAAUUUUGACAAAUAUGGCACCAGCUCAAAACCCAAUCAGUUCUCAACACGUGGCAGUCAUCGGAGCCGGAGCAGCUGGUCUCGUAACGGCUAGGGAGCUCCGUCGUGAAGGUCACACUGUCGUUGUCUUUGAGCGGGAGAAACAAGUUGGAGGUCUCUGGAUCUAUUCACCCAAAGCAGAAUCCGACCCGCUUAGCCUCGACCCGACACGAUCCAUAGUCCACUCGAGCGUCUACGAGUCUCUCCGAACCAACCUCCCACGAGAAUGUAUGGGUUUCACGGACUUCCCUUUUGUGCCACGUUUUGAUGAUGAGUCAAGAGACUCGAGACGGUAUCCGAGCCACAUGGAAGUUCUUGCGUAUCUUCAAGACUUUGCUAGAGAGUUUAACCUAGAGGAGAUGGUCCGGUUCGAGACCGAGGUGGUUCGGGUUGAACCGGUUAAAGGGAAAUGGAAGGUCCGGUCUAAAACCUCCGGCGAUAUAUCCGAAGAUGAGAUCUUUGACGCCGUUGUGGUUUGCAAUGGACAUUAUACAGAACCAAACAUCGCUCAUAUUCCUGGUAUAAAAUUGUGGCCAGGAAAGCAGAUCCAUAGCCACAACUACAGAGUUCCUGAUCCAUUCGAAAGCGAGGUGGUGGUGGUGAUAGGAAAUUUUGCGAGCGGUGCUGAUAUUAGUAGGGACAUAGCUAAGGUCGCAAAAGAAGUCCACAUUGCGUCUAGAGCGAGUGAACGUGAUACAUACGUAAAGCCUCCGGGGCCUCGCAACAAUCUAUGGGUUCAUUCAGAGAUAGACACCGCCAAUGAGGAUGGGUCAAUUGUUUUCAAAAACGGGAAAGUGAUACAUGCUGAUAGUAUUGUGUAUUGCACCGGGUAUAAAUAUUACUUUCCAUUUCUUGACACCAACGGCUAUAUGAGCAUUGAUGAAAACCGCGUUGAACAUCUAUACAAGCAUGUGUUUCCACCCGCGCUUGCCCCUACUCUUUCUUUCGUGGGGCUACCGGCAAUGGUUAGUCUCUCAAGCAAAAUUGAUACAUAUUGGGGUUUCGAGUUCACGUAUCACCUAUGUUCUGAUCUUUUUUUCAUUUAUUUUUACCAGGGAAUACAAUUUGUUAUGUUUGAAAUCCAAAGCAAAUGGGUGGCAGCAGUCUUGUCAGGAAGGUUUACACUACCUUCUCAAGAUAAGAUGAUGGAAGAUAUUACUACGACUUAUGCGACACUUGAUGCGUUAGGUAUUCCCAAGAGAUAUACGCAUAAAUUGGGUAAAGUUCAGUGUGAGUACCUUAAUUGGAUCGCGGAAGAAUGUGAUUGUCCACUCGUUGAGCAUUGGAGAAAUCAAGAAAUCGUCCGUGGAUACCAGAGACUUGUCUCCCACCCUGAAACUUAUCGCGAUGAAUGGGACGACGAUGAUCUUAAGGAAGAAGCCUACAGAGAUUUUGCUACGAAGAAGUUGAUUAGUUUUCAUCCUUCCUAUUUCCUCGAAUCAAGUAUAUGAUUUUAUUUUUGGGGGAUAUAUGUCUCAUUAUAUAUGAUACGGUGGAUCACUGUCCGACUAGCGAGCGUGUUGCUAUAGGCGUUUUAUAUACAACACCGCUUCUCACCGUUUUAGGUUUUCUUUUCGUAAACAAAUUUCAAAAUCAAUUCUCAAUUUUCAGUUUAAAGCACCA